GCAUCGAAACCGCAUGUUUUCAACAGUUGUGUCAAAAUAAUCGUACCUAGUGGAUAAACUUAAAUUAACAGUAUUAUUAAUAUUAUUGAAAGGACAUUAUGUCUAGUGCUCAAAUAUCUGCAUUCUAUGAUGUUGGUGAUGUUCUUCAACAGAAUCGCAGAAACCAGCAGAUGAAACAGUUCAAUGAAAGAAGGGCUACAAUUGGUGCUAUGAUGUCUAGAAAUGGAAAUAUGUCUUCAAGUUCUUUCAUUACAAUUACACAACAGAAUGGUGUAACUGAUCUUAAUCAGAAUGAGAAUUUACAUCGCAAGUUGGAUAGGAGUAUAAGUGAACCGAUCGGUGACCGAGCUUUGAGCAGUUUGAGUAUUCAAAGGAAUAAUGUUAACUCCAGUCGUUACAAAACAGAAUUGUGCCGACCCUUCGAGGAAAGUGGACAUUGUAAAUACGGGGAUAAGUGUCAGUUUGCUCACGGUGGUCAUGAACUUCGUACAUUGAAUCGUCAUCCCAAGUAUAAAACAGAACUCUGUCGUACAUUCCAUACAAUUGGAUUUUGUCCGUAUGGACCUAGGUGUCAUUUCGUUCACAACGAAGACGACCAGAAACUGGCCGAGAUGGUAAAGAAUCACGAAGCCAUGCUAGCGCAGCGUCGCCAGCCAUCAUCACCACCACCAUCAACAAACAAUUCCGCAAGACGACCUUCAAAUAUUUCAUUCGCAGGAUCUGAUUACAGCCCUCCGUCCAGUGACAGCCCGAGUCUUAGUCCGGCAUCCAGUGACGACUUCAGCCGUCUUUCAUCUUGUUCAAGUAGUAUGUCAGGAAAUUCGUCAACUUCCAGCAGCCCUGUGUUCAAUUAUUCCGCUGAUCUUCAGACAAUAGCUUCAUUGCUUCAGCCUUUGAAUGUUCAAACUCAAAUGAACAAUGUAAAUAACUCUUCAAUUGACUCUUUGAGCCAGCAGUUAAAUGCAAUUUUGAACUUGUCUUAUCAACAACGUAAUAUGAACAACAACCACAACGUGUUCGGGGAUUCGUGGGACGUGACACCAGCACCCCCAUCCCCACCAGAUAGUAUCUCAGGCGAUAGUGUGGGCAGUGCUAGCAGCUUAAGUAGUAGUGGCAGCUUUUCUUCAUCUCAUAACACUUACGGGUCUCCAUUAGACAUUAGCAAGCAGUUGCAGAUUCGUCUUCCAAUAUUUAACACGCUUUCCCAGGACGAUUAAUUUUUAUGUUUUGUUCCGUGUAAUUUAUAUUUAUUAUUUAUUUAUUAUUUGACAAUUUGACAUUGAUUUACGCGUUUGGUAAAUUAGUGCCACUUUAAAAGUGGAGUUUUUUACUUGACUAUUUGCGGGGCCUCGUAAAACAACUUUCAUUUUUUUUUGCCACUGAAAGUGGAAUGUUCUUUAAUUAGGCUUUUUGUCCCUUCAUGUUGAUAGGGCAUUUUUAAAGUUAAUUAUUCCAGUUCUUGUUGAGUAUAAUAGUAUUAUGUUUUUAUACAACCCAAGAAACGGGUUUUUAUACAAAUGUGCUAGCUAUUGAAAGAAAGUCCGCAUUUCGUCCAAUUAACUUUGCAUUUUGGAUGUAAAUUUUUCAUUUAGAUGUUAAUAUUUGUUAUUUAUGAAACUAUGCAUUUUCAUACUGACCAAUAAUUUGGCGUUCACGCUAUAAUAGUAAAUUGAAUAUAUUUUUUGUUUUAUACAAGUUAUGAAAUCACCAAAGAUGUCGUUAUUAUUAAACUUUUCACCUUUUCCAUGAGAUCCAUCUUGUUCAUAAUUCAUAUCAUUUUGUAUUUAUAUGGCAAGAGAGCCGAUGUUUGAAAACAUUAAAAAUGUUAUUUAUACCGAA